AUGGGAGCUUCAAUCUGUCAAUAACCUUGUGCCAUUAAUGAUCAGGAAUUGAUUAAGGAAUAGUUAGAGUUAUAACCAAAAAGUUUUGAUUCAAAGCGUGAUCGUAUUUAAAUCUAAGGUUAACCAAUUGCAAAUUAACUUCAAAUAAAAAUUUAAAAUGCUUCAAAACUUUGUUAUAUUCAUCCAGAUGAACCACCAAGUAAUUAAUUAUUUUUUAAUUAGGUUAAGAAUACUCUAGUAUGGAUGCUCCUGAAGCAACUACUCCUUGUUUACCUUGUAGGUAUAAAUUAACAUUAUAUUAAAAGAGAUCAAUUUAAUUUGAAAGGAGAAUAAUAGUAUAUUCAAUUGUUUAAUACAGAAAUAAUAUAGUCUAUAAAAUUACAAUCAUAAUUAGUGAGCUCUCAAAAUGAGGAUAUAUUGCAACGUAAAAUUGUCAUAAUUUACAUUCAGAUUAGAAUUCUAACAAUAAUAAUCUAACUCAUCUUAUCCUAGAUUUUGUAAUGAUGAAAAAGGGAAUAAAUUUUUGAGCAUGUAAAUUAUUGAUGAUAAUGUACACUGUCCUCUUCUAUCAAUUAGCUUGAUGAUUAUAUCAAUUAUGAUUGGAAAAACUCUAAAUUUUAAUUAAUUAGUAUUAAUGAUUAAAAUCUAUUAAAGAAAGCCAGUUCAACAAGACCAAAAACAAAAUCACAAAAAAAAUAAUUUUGA